AAUAGAGUUUCAUAAAAGAAACAAAUCGAAAAUGAGUUUCGUAUUCCUUUGUGAAAUAAUUGUGUUUUUAUUUAUUUUUAAAAUUAAUAAAAUCAGUUCCAUUGGCCAAUUCUAUAACACAAUUGAAAAUAAACAAUAUUAUGUGAACCCCGAUAAUGCGGAUACUUUUGAUAAUAGUAUAAUUGAAUGUUUUAAAAUGAACAUGACAUUAGUCACAAUUGAUACAAUCGCAGAGGAGAAGUCAUUAAGUGAAUUGUUAUUAAAUAAAACUAUAUUUUCACCAAUACCUCAAUUAUGGAUUGGUGGUCUAAGGAUUCCGCAAACACGUACCUUUAUAUGGAUUACAACAGGUAGACCAUUCGACAACUGGUAUAGUGGAGUUCCAGAUUAUAACCAUAACUGUGUUUUUAUUGGCUGGAAUGAUCAAUAUAAAUGGACUGAUGGUACUUGUACGAAUAAACGUGGAUAUAUAUGCGAACAUCUGAGUGAGAGACAAUUACAAGAAGAUCACGAAAAGUUAAAAGAGAAUUUUAAAAUGGAAAUCCAAAAACGAGAAAAUUUACAACGGGAAUUAAACACAGAAAAAGAGCUAUCGGCAAACCUCAAGGCACAGUUACAACAAAUCAAGACAAUUGAAGAAAAUCGAAAUCAAGCGUUAAAAAUACAAUCGCAAAACACACAACCAGAACCGCAAUUACAAAAUGGUGAACCGAAAUUAGUGCCAGUGCUAAAGAAUCAGGAGGAAGAAUAUCGUCAAAUAAUUGCACAGAAAGAAUAUAAAAAAAAUUAUAAAUAUUUUGAUCUUAUGUUUCCUAAUAUACAAAAUGCCUAUUUUCUCCCUAAUAUACAAUAAAUUUCACUAUUUUUUCAAUAUUGAACAAUUAAUCAAAUAAACAUUUGAACACUUAAGUGAAA